AUGGUACAAAAGAAAAAUCCUCCAAAGGUUAUAAAAGGGAUUUCCGAUGAUUUUAAUAGACCUAUAGAGGCAAAAAAUUCCAUUAUAUUAGACAAUGACUACGAGACAACUAUUAAUAUUUUAGCUCUUCCUCCCUGGUUUUUAAAUGUCUUUGAAAAAUUGGACCUCAAUAUAGAAGGUCUUAAUAAAGAUGGAGAAGAAAGUAAUAUAGAUAAAAAAGAAUGUAGUAUAAAGAAAAUAAUUGAUAAAAUCGAUAACUCUAUGAAAAUUGACCUUUGUUUUGUUCUAGAUUGUACUGAUGAUCCGGUUGAACCUGUUAAAGAUGAACCUGUUAAAGACGAUCAAAUUGAACCUGUUAGAGAUGAACCUGUUAAAGACGAUCCAAUUGAACGAGAUGAAGAUGAACCUGUUAGGGAUGAUCAAAUUGGACCUGUUAAAGAUGAUCCAACUAAACUUGUUAGAAGUGAUCCGGCUAAACUUGUUAGAGGUGAUCUAACUAAACUUGUUAAUAAAUUUGUAACUGCCAUUUUAUCAUCUAUUACCAGUACACUUGAAAGCUCACAACCAAACUGUGGUGUAUAUCAGAAUAAACCCGAUUGGAAACAUAUGGGUUUUAGAAAAU